AUGGUGCUCGAUGCAAAUGAUAACCGGGGAUGGAUUAUGAGCGGUGUUGCCGGUAUAGCUUGCGUUAUCGGCGCCAGCAUCAUCUGCGUGGACAUUAUACUACGGUCAUGUUUUCGAAUACGCAAUUUCGAUAUUACUACCAAUACUACCUUUCUUUCCUCAUCCAUGGGCCUGAGUGCCGGAGUGAUGGUCACUGAGAGUCUUAGGUGUUUUCGUCUUUAUAUAUAUCUCGCUCGAUCUGGACUAUCGGAUUCCGUCGCUGCCUUUGCCUUGAUCGGACUCUUCCUGGCCGGGGUCGUUGUCAUCAGCAUCUUCUCCCACAUCGCACAUCGUUAUAUCCCGUCGCAUGUCGUUGACUGUACACACACUCACGAAUCACACGACCGUGAUCUAGAGCAUGGCGUCGAGGAGGAACAUCAUCAACAUCAUGAGAGAGGACACGGGUGUAGACGAGAGUACCAUGAUAUUCGCAAGGAUCCGGGCGAGAAUGAUCAGAUCACAGAAAGCAACGAGCGAACACCUCUUCUUCCCAGUCAGUGCAAUGGUAACAACAGACGGCCAAUACAAACCCUCUCGACGAAAAGCACCGGUGGACUCCAAUUCCGGACGUUGUAUCGUGACUCGGUCGGAAGGAUCCUUGGUCGACGGGUUACGCAAUUCUUGAGGCUUUCCAAAGAUGUCUGCGACGAGAAUGGGCCUUGCUAUGGUUUCUCGCAGACGUGUGGAAUUGAUUGUCGGAAAGUGCUAGGCCCUCGUAGCUAUUUUCUUUGGAUGAACGGCAGGGAGUCGGAAAACCAUACACAAGCAUCUCCAGCAGUUAGUGAGCCGCAACCAAGGAUCCGUGCAGAUGAGCCCGAUACGCCCUUGACUGUUCGCCGUGUUCCGCUCAUUUCUCAAGAACAGACUGAAACUUACCGACCGGAUAGUGAGCCGCAGGGAACUGAUUACUUCUCUCAAGACAUCCGUCGUACUGACUCUAGCUCAUCCCCAUCAUCCCAACAGGCGGAUGAAGAACGAACGGCCACAGGAAGUCAGGAAUCGGCAGGAUUUGAACCGAACUCCAAACCAUUUGAAGAUCAUCCGAGUCAUGCUUCCCCGCCGCAUCAUCAUCAUGUUCCUCAAAAUGCCUUUCUUUCAAUUGGUCUUCAGACAUCAUUGGCGAUUGCUCUACACAAACUUCCCGAAGGGUUCAUCACCUAUGCUACAAACCAUGCUAGUCCAACCUUAGGAAUGACCGUAUUCAUUGCUCUGUUCAUUCACAACAUAACCGACGGGUUUGCGCUCGCAUUGCCUCUCUUCUUAGCUAUCAGAUCGAGAGUAAAAGCCAUUUUCUGGGCAAGUCUAUUGGGAGGAAUCAGCCAACCAGCCGGUGCCGGUCUCGCAGCUCUCUGGAUCUGGUACAGCAAUCGAGGAAAAGAUAUUACCGAGGGAACUUCCUGGGGUGUAUACGGAGGCAUGUUUGCCGCAACGGCAGGCAUCAUGACUUCUGUGGGGUUCCAUUUGUUCAGUGAGGGCCUCAGCUUGACGCAUAACCCGAAUAUUUGCAUUUUUUCGGCUAUUGCAGGUAUGGGGCUGUUAGGGAUUAGCUUUGCAUUGACUGCUUGA